AUGGAAGAUCUGCACUUACUGCUCAAUCAUGUACAACAAUGUACUCAAUUUACAAUUGAUACAGAGUCAGAAAGAUCAGAUGGUCAAUUAGCAUUAAUCCAGAUACAAACUAUACCAUCUCAAUUACCAUCAUUAUUAAUAUUAAUUGAAUUACAACAUCUUCCAUCUGAUAAUCCACCUGCGUAUGUAAAAAUUAAAAUUUUUUUUACAUUAGUAUUUAGAUCUGGAAAUCAAUUAUAUUCAUGGGGCGAUAUGGGCAAAGAAUUAGAGCCAAUACAAGAUUAUCAUUUAGUUAAUUGGCCAGCAACAGCAUUAUUGAUUGACAUCCAACCGUAUUUUUCGGAUUGGUAUGAGUGGGCACUGGCUCAUUGUGAGUCAUGUUGCCCGAAUCAUAAUCCUCAUUACGAUGAAAUUAAUUAUGAUAAUGUUACUACCCAAAAUUAUUCGUCAUCAACAUGUGUUUGUCAUGAACCAAGUCCAUAUCGUCCACGUGAAAAAUGGUCUCUUCAGAAGGUCUUAAUUUAUGCAGCACACAUGUUCAUCGAUAAAUCAAGUACAGUUAAUAAUUGGGCUGCAGAUGAUGAUGAAAUUUAUCUUAAUCAACUCAUUGAACCAGUUACGAAUGAACAACUUGGAAAUGAAACAAUCUCAAAUGAUGAACAAGAUUUUACUGGUCAAUUAUUGGUCAAUGAUGCUGAAUUAAUUAGUGAAGAAGACAAUGAUAAUGAUGAAAUUCAACCAGCUGCAGUUGUCGAAGAAAAACUACCAACAACAAAAUGUAGAAGAACUCACCAACAACGCUCAAGGUCGUCACGACAACGAAGAAAUAGAAAACGAAAUAACACCCAUCGAACACGUCGUUACCAACAUUAUAUUACUCGUUCGAUGUAUUAUAAAUUUGCUAUGACAUCAAUCAAGAAAGUUCUUCAACAACAUCACAUCAACUAUGUACACGUUAAGGAGACUGAUGGCAUACUAAUUAUUGGUGUAAAGAACGCCUUGAUCCAACAACAGUAUCAAAAUCGAAUACCAGAAGAUAUAUUUGAUCGGAAACAUUAUCAAAUUUAUCAACAUCAUCAUCAAAAUCACCAUCAACAUAAUCAUCAACAUCAUCAUCAAAAUCACCAUCAACAUAAUCAUCAACAUCAUCAUGAAUAA